GCGCUAGCCGAGCCCCUCUCGAGCAUCGUCUGCAUAAACUCGUUUGUUUCGGUCGCUGUGGGACGCAUUGUUUCGUCACUGCUUACCCACAGAGAACGUCAUUUGUGUGCGUGCGGCGAUCGCUGAUGGUCUCGGAGUGGUUCGUUGUGUUCUUGUUCGGGAACUCCGGUCUCUGUGCGCGUAGAACUGGCUUGCAGCAAGAGCAUCGCCACCGCUGCAAAAAGAUAUCAAUCCGGCACUAGGCAUGGCCUUCCUGCGUGGAUUUCUGGACAACCUGAGGUCCAAUCGCAUGGAGCCAGAGCCUAACAAGGUGCUGGAAGUGAAACCAGACGAGUAUGCCCUCUGCAACAUCCUUGCCCGCGAAGACUCGCUGGUGGUCUACCAGUACCCGGCCAGCACGCCCGUUGCCGAGGAUUCAGUCUCGUACGAUGUGGUGCUUCACAAGGACAUUACGCGAUCCCCUCAUGCAGCUUUCAGCCUUCUGCGCACCAAGGACCAAGUGGCGGCCGAGAUGUUCUUCAUGCUACUCAAGGACAAGCUGCCCCUGCUGCUGGAGUGUGUGCCCGACCUGCUCACCAAGGAGCUGGUGCAGGAGGUGGUGCAACUGGUGCGCUCCAACCCCACCUGGAACCUGGCCCACCUGGCCGCUCACCUGGGACUGGUCGACUGCUUCAAGAACACUCGGGUGGCUGCGCAAAUAUCGGAGCCUGCCCAGGACACUAUGGCCACACCCCUCCACGUAGCAGUGCGCGCCCAGAAGCUCAACUCUGUCCAAGUUCUCAUGGCCAUGGAUGCACCACUCAAUCUGAUCGACCACAACGGUGACACCAUCUACCAUGCUGCGGCUGUCACCACCAAGGAGCUCAUCAAGGCGCUGGGCUCCAGGCCUGCCCCAGUUGCUGUCAUCAACCAGGUCAACAAUGAUGGCUACACGCCUCUCCAGCUGGCAUGUCUCACGGACAAGCCAGAGUGUGUCCGCGAGCUACUCAAAGAGGGCGCAGACGUCAACUCUGCCUCUGUUAACCUGGCCGAUCGAAACAACAGCACCUGCCUAGGACGAGACAACGUUGAGCAGAAUGUCCACAACUUCCAGCUUGAGGACAUGAAGCACGGUGGCACUCCGCUCCACUGGGCCAAAACCACGCAGUGCCUGGAGACCAUGAUCGACCUUGGCUGUGACCUGGAUGCCAAGAACUUCCAGGGGAACACCGCCCUGCACAUCAUGGUUGCCAGAGGUCGGUUAAGCUGUGUCAUCAGCCUGCUCAGUCACGGUGCCAACGUCAACGCCAUUGGGAGCGACGGUGACUCGCCUCUACAUGUAGCCGUGCGGGUGGCGGUGCCCAACCAUGAAAACUGGUCUAUAUUUCUCGAGCAGAGCGAUGUGUCGCUGAUACACGCGCUGAUCGUGUUUGGGGCGGACGUGAACCAGCGGAAUCAAAAGGGCGAGACGGCGCGGCACCUGGCAGCUGUGUCCAAACUGAGCAAGAAGGAUGCCGUGCUGUACACGCUGCAUGCAGUCGGGGCACAACGCUGUGAGCAAGAGCGCGGCUGCAGUGACGGCUGCAACCCCACGGGCACCUUCGACGGGGCCCCGCCCGACAAGCCAGACUUCCUGCGGACAGCUCGCUUGUACGACGAGUUGAUGGGAGCGUCAAUUGUGCGAGAGGCGGUGCAGCGACGACUGCAGGAACGGCGCGAGGGACGACAGCAGCCGCGCAGUCGCGUGCUAUGUCUAGAUGGAGGCGGCAUCCGUGGCCUCAUCAUCAUCCAGAUGCUGGUUGCCCUGGAGGCCAUCAUUGGGCAGUCAAUCCUGGACUGCUUUGACUGGGCGGCCGGAACCAGCACGGGAGGUGUCCUGGCACUUUUGCUGGCACGGGGAAAAACCCCCCGUCAGUGCCUUCAGCUCUACUUCAGCCUUAAAGACAAGGUGUUCACGGGUACACGACCGCAUGAUGCCGACUCUUUAGAAAAAUUUCUUCAGCGAGAGUUGGGUGAGGACACCGUGAUGACGGACAUCAAGCACCCCAAGUUGAUGAUAACGGGCGUUCUUGCGGACCGACAUCCGGCAGCACUGCACCUCUUCCGCAACUAUGAUUCACCAAAGAAGAUCCUCGGAGUUGCAGAGGACGAGUCUGAAUUUCCAUCAUGCACGCCGCCACAUGAGCAGCUGGUGUGGCGGGCGGCACGAGCGUCGGGGGCAGCGCCCACCUAUUUCCGGCCAUUUGGGCGCUUUCUCGAUGGUGGGCUCAUCUCCAACAACCCGACCUUGGACGCCAUGACGGAGAUCUGCGAGUACAAUGAGGCCCUCAAGGCGACGGGCCAGGUGGACAAGGUGCGACCCCUGGGUGUCAUCGUGUCGCUGGGCACCGGCAAAGUGCCUGUGGUGCCAGUGACGGUCAUUGACAUGCUCCACAUGGGCACGGGCAUCCUGGGUGCCGCCAAGAUGGCCUUUGGAGCUAAGGCGCUUGGACAGCUCAUCAUUGACCAGGCCACACAAGCCAAUGGCCGGCUCGUUGACCGGGCACAGGCCUGGUGCCACACGAUCAAUGUGCCCUACUUCCGCCUCAACGCCCCCAUAUCCGCGGACGUGUGCCUCAACGAGACCGACAACAAGCUGCUAGUUCGGGUGCUCUGGGAGACUCUAGUCUAUAUGCGAGCUCGUCGCGCCGAACUCGAUGAGCUCGCCGAACUUCUUCGGCCCUGAGCGACUUGGGCCAAUGGACGCUCAAAAUCCUGUUCCAUCCCGUGACGCCACCACCUCGGGCCCUAGGGCCAGCCACCUGACACGGCUUGUGCAGACCGAAAGGGGUAGUGUGAUGCUUCUGGCCUUUCUAUCCUGAACAUCACCAAUUCGUGGCUGCUAAGCAGUCGGCAAAGGCUGGAGGCCGCUUGGGCUGUUGUUUCAAAUUAUGUCAAUUUAUAGUUUGUUAUAUAAUUAUAUAGAGAAGGAUCAACAAAUUCUUCAUUUAUUUUUAUCGCAUGGUGUGAUAGAUGUGUAGUCAGUAACAAUGUUUUGUUUUUUUUUCUAAAUCUACCACCCAAUUUUACGUAUACCGAAAGGUUCUGUCUGCAUUUAUGUUUGCCCACCAGUGUUUUAGCUGGCUGCAUGUAAAAUUCCACAGAAUUCCACGUUUGAGUGUUUGUUUAUAAAAUGCUCUCAGAUCUUCGCAAUUUGUGUAUCCCAUACACUUUUUUGAAAACUUGCGCACGCGCACUCUGUAUGGUGCCAGUGAAUUUUGCAUACGAGUCGAUGUGUCGCUUCGAUUUGCUAUCGCUAUUCGACACAGUUGAAGGUUCUUGGGACUGGCGUCUUUGAAUGUGCCUCAGUAGAUAAAAAAAAAUUCUUUGCAUUAUUUAUUUAAAAAAUAAAACCAGAUUUGAUGCAGUAGCCUGCUCAGAAAUUGCUUAUUGCAUUGUCUUCUUGAUGACUCGUGGCUAACUCCACCCAAAAAUCUGAUUUGCAUAACAAGUGCACAUCCGCAAAUAUUGCUGGGCAAAUGACCUGCUGUGCAAAGCAUGUGCUGUCUGCAACUGUUUGCUGUCAGUGUCGAAUGAAGAAAGCACACAUUUAAUCGAUUUCAGUGCACUCAAUACUCGCAAUCUGUGACCAGCUAAGGUUCUAGCUUGCUAUACGACUGCUUUAUGUGACUUGCAUUCUAACUAGUGGUAUAGAACCAGCAUUGAGCUUCUGUUGCUACUGUGGGUGUGUUUCAAGCUAAGUAAGUGCGAUGCCAUGAGGUUUGACAACUCCUGCAAGCUGCCCUAAUGCUAAGGUUGAAUGCAACAUCAUGGGUGUUCAGAGAAGCACAGUUCGAUUUGCUAUUUCUCUAUUUCAACUAAAUUUUUAUGACAGCGAAAUCCCUCCACACAUCAGAACCGAGCUUAUUUUUUCAGUGCACGCUAUUGUUUCAGCAUGAAAAAGUCUUUAACUGAAUCAAGGUGGAAGCUUACCAUUUCUUGUUUGUCUGGUGGGCUUGCACAGACAAUUGAGUGUAUUUUAUUUUCAUUAUCAAAUUUUUCUGUGACACAGCAAUAUCCCUCCACAAAGUCGAACCUGAGUUUUUCACCUUAUGCCUUUGUUUCAGCAUGAAAAAGAUCUUAACUGAGACAAGGUGGGAAAUGAUUUUCUAUGCUUUCAUACUUCGUAAGCCUACUUUCAUCCAAUUUCGCAGUCCCGGGAUGGCGACUCAAUUUCUCUCUCUCUCUCUCGCGCGCGUGGCCUUAUUUCUAAAAUCAUCAUCAUCAGCCUAUAUUUAUGUCCACUAGUAGGCUUACGAAGUAUGAAAGCAUAGAAAAUCAUAAUUUUUUUUUGCGUAAGACUCUCUCAAAGUUAGAACAUCAUGCAACUGUGUAAGCCACAUUUCCCACCUUA